AUUUUCUAUAUAUUCACAAGAAAAUCUAUACAUAAAAGAUGCCUGCCAGUACCAGUACCAGUACCAAACUAAACACAUUCAAUCCUAUCGAUGCCUUGCCUACACCAACAUCUUCACCACCACCACAGCCACUCCUAUCUUUAAGAUCGCCGUCUUUUAUGGCCCUGUCUGCGCCAGAAAACAAGCCAACAAAAGAAAAACCCCUGGGAGCAGUUGUUCAGACAAUCCUUCAGGAUCUCGACGGACGUGACAAGACAAUAAAAAUCAUUCAAUAUUUUCUAAAGAUGCUCGUUCAUUAUCAUUUUCUGCAAUCCAAGCGCUGGUCCCCGCUCACCAGUCAAUUCUCAACCACCCGAAAGAUCCUCCGCCUGGGUCAUGUAAUUGGUCCUAUUAGAGAAUUCUUGGCCACAAAUGCCAAAAAGAACCCCCUGAAGACCAUCGAACUUGUGAACGGUAUUGUUCAAGAACUAGCCGACGAUCUCUAUUGUCUGUUCAAGCUGGGUAUUGUGCCUUCAAAGAUCGGCAAAAGAGCAGAAAUCAUAGCCUACUACUGUUGGUUUGCUGCAAUCUUAUCAGACACCAGAUCAGGCCUUAAAUCAUUGGCCAAAAUGCAGUCCAAACAAGUCAGCCAAGACGAAUUAGCCCAACAUAACCAGAAGAUACACAUGGCCAAGAUCUCGUUUGCCAAAUUAAUGCUAGAUGGUGUAUUUUGUGCUUGCGAUAUCUGGCAGCCAUCGUUUGGAAACACUGUUCAAAUAUGGGCCGGUCUUUGUAGUGGCUCACUUUCUGGCUACAAACUGUGGCAUAAACUCUCAGCAUAGAUAGAUAGAUAUAUAGAUAGACAAGACAGGACAAAAGUGAAAAGGAAGAAGAAGAAGAAGAAGAAAAACGUGAUAUAUUGGAUAGUUGUAUCUACAAAACUGUCCCUAUCCAAUAUACACUACACUACACUACACUACACUACACUACACCACAUCGCAUAUUGAUACUUGUUUUUCUUUUCUUUUCUUUUCUUACAUCAAUAAUCUCAAGACACAUUAUUUCUUCAUACCACACAUUGCACUUCACACACAAAUUCAUCCUUUCUAUUUCAUACCCCACAUCUAUUUUUAAAAAUAAUAAUACUACUACUACCACUACUAUGAAACUGUUAAUAAUAAAUAAUUAAAUAAUUUCUGAUUGCAC